GGCGCGGACUCGGGACCCGCCGCCUCCCUGUGCCCGCACUCGGACGCGCUGCUCGCGGCUCGUGGAAAGCGGGGCACCGGCGCCCAAGGCCGCGGGCUCGCUCGCUCUGCCCCGCGCUUCGCCAGGCUCCGGGCGUGGCGUGCCGGUCCCGCAGAGGCGCAGGCACUACCGGUGACAGCGCAGGGACUGCCACGGCCUUCCCAUGGCUGACCUGAGCUUCAUCGAGGACACCGUCGCCUUCCCCGAGAAGGAGGACGAUGAGGAAGAGGAGGAGGAGGGCGUGGAGUGGGGCUACGAGGAAGGUGUAGAGUGGGGUUUGGUGUUUCCUGAUGCUAAUGGAGAAUACCAGUCUCCCAUUAACCUAAACUCAAGAGAAGCUAGAUAUGACCCCUCCCUGCUGGAUGUCCGCCUCUCUCCAAAUUAUGUAGUCUGCCGGGACUGUGAGGUCACCAAUGAUGGUCAUACCAUUCAGGUUAUCCUGAAAUCAAAAUCAGUUCUUUCGGGAGGACCAUUGCCUCAAGGACAUGAAUUUGAACUGUAUGAAGUUAGAUUUCACUGGGGGAGAGAAAACCAGCGUGGUUCUGAGCACACGGUUAAUUUCAAAGCUUUUCCCAUGGAGCUCCACCUGAUCCACUGGAACUCCACCCUGUUUGGCAGCAUCGAUGAGGCCUUGGGAAAGCCACAUGGUAUCGCCAUCAUUGCCUUGUUUGUACAGAUAGGGAAGGAACAUGUUGGUCUGAAGGCUGUGACUGAGAUCCUCCAGGAUAUUCAGUAUAAGGGGAAGUCCAAAACAAUACCCUGCUUUAAUCCUAAUACUUUAUUACCAGACCCUCUGCUGAGAGAUUACUGGGUCUAUGAAGGCUCGCUUACUAUCCCACCUUGCAGCGAAGGUGUUACCUGGAUAUUAUUCCGAUACCCUUUAACUAUAUCCCAGCUACAGAUAGAAGAAUUUCGAAGACUGAGGACACACGUUAAAGGGGCAGAACUUGUGGAAGGGUGUGAUGGGAUCUUGGGAGACAAUUUCCGACCCACUCAGCCUCUGAGUGACAGAGUCAUUAGAGCUGCAUUUCAGUAGCCCCAGAGAGCAGGAACAAGCCCAUCUUCGUGGGGAGGAAGACGGUAGUUUUAUGCCCUUGGAUGAGACGCAGAAGAUCCUGAGCUGCAGCUAUGGAACAUCCACAUAGCCCACAUUGUUUUCCUUCAUGUAAUCCAGCUUUGAUGGACAUUUGUGACAGUUGCCUAUACACAUGGUGUAAUGAAAUAUUAGAGAUGCCUGCACAUUCAGGAGAAACCCCAUAUUGUAUAUCCACAUCACUGUUGCUAGCAUUCAUAUUUUUGCACAUACUGUUCAUUGAUUGUGUAUAGAAGUGAAACUAGUUUUCAGAGUUGUUAUCAAUAUGAACUUACAUCAUGUAUCAAUAUUGAGAGGAAAAACACAUUCCCAGUGUUAAUAGUCACUCAUUUUCUGCCUUCAUCACAAAAUUUGUUCCUUCAGAGACUAGUGUAAUUCUUGAUAAUAAAAUAAGGAUUUUGAUCAAGAACAGCCUAGAGCUUAACAAUGUAAUGUGAAAGAUUAGUAUAAAUCAUGCCUCAUGUUAUUUUUCAGUACCCAUACCAAAAUUAAUGUCAGCCUGGUUUUCCACAGAACACAUUUGUGGAGUUAAUGCAAAAACAUAACUCCUACAUCCUAUAUUUCUUAAAGGAUUUUAUUCAAUAUAUGAAUCUAAUAUAUUUAUUUGACAUAUCUGAAGCUGUGGGUUCUAAAAAUUUGAUAAUGGUGUAAGAAAUAAAUAGGAUAAAAAGAAGGUAGAUACAACAUACCAGGAAUAGCUUCAUUUUCCAUAAAUAGAAAUAUAAGUUUAAUAGUAUUCUAUAUGAAUUUAAUGUUCUACACUUUGUAAGACUUUAAAAUAUUUUAUUCUAUAGAUUUCACUUCUUUGAUAUGUUAAAAAUUUCUUUCAAUGAUAACCAACAAUGCCCUUAUCUGAAUUCAUUUCAAAUGCUCCUAGCAAAUAUAAACAUAUAUUUAGUAGCAGAAUGAGAUAGUUUAUGUAAAGCAAUAGAGUGCCUAGCACAAAGCAAUGAAUAUUAAUAAAUAUUAUUUCUUGUUAUAAUUGUUGUAAAACUGAUGACUUCAAUAGCAUAGCCCAAUUUGGAGGGAUUUUGUGAUGCGAAAGAGCCAAGUUAAAGAUAGGUGGAAUAAGUAUGUGUUCAGAGGUUUUAGGGUUGUUGAGUAGAGCCUGUAUUAAUGGGAACGAUAAUAUAAAUAAAAGUUACAUCGGCUAUUCCCGAAAAUGGAAGCAAAGAGAAUUCACUGUGGGGUCCUAUGCAAGGAGACAAGGACUAGGGCCGCGGCAGUGAGCAAAGUGCUGCCUGGAAAGGGUUGGGAUUUUCCCCACAGCCCUGGACCACAGGAGGAGAGCAGCCGGCAGCCUCUGAGGGUGGGCAGAGCCCUGGAUGCUUUCUUUUUGUAGUUUGUAGUAUUCACCAGUGAAGAAAUGGUAAAGCACGGUAGAAAAAAUGGGGUCUGAAAUUUUAUAUCCCACAGACUAGCAGCGUUCUCACACAUGUGCAUACAUGGAUUGCAGGCGUAGCCUCACUUGGAGAUGUAAGACUAGGUCUGAAUCCUUUCAGGCAUGGCCAUUCAAAUGGCACUCCUUUGGUAAACAUUGUCCCAACAGACACAGGUGUCUGUCUCUCUGGUCCUGAGCAGUAAGGGACUAUUACUGGGUUUAACUGCAGGUGGCUGCUAUCUCCCCCGAAAGAACACAAAAGACAAACAUAACAAAAAUAAUAAAAUCACUCCCAGGGCAGUAUCUAGUUUACCAUAAUUCUUCCUCCAUUUUGGGCAAAGGAUCAAAUUUAUUUUCUAAAAUAAACUACUUGUGUCCAGCACUA